AUGUGUGUCCAGGUGACUCCACUGACAGCAAUCAAGUUCGCUGAGUUGGCGGCGAGGGCGGGACUUCCCAAAGGAGUGGUUAAUAUUCUGCCUGGAUCAGGUGCUCUGGUGGGUCAGCGUCUGUCCGACCAUCCUGACGUCCGUAAACUGGGCUUCACAGGCUCUACUGAGAUUGGAAAACACAUCAUGAAGAGCUGUGCAGUCAGUAACGUGAAGAAAGUCUCCCUGGAGCUGGGAGGGAAAUCGCCGCUCAUCAUCUUCAGUGACUGUGACAUGGACAAGGCAAUCCGCAUGGGCAUGAGCUCAGUGUUCUUCAACAAGGGAGAGAACUGCAUCGCAGCCGGCAGACUGUUUGUGGAGGACACCAUUCAUGACCAGUUUGUGAAAAAAGUG